UUUUCUUCGUUAUUGAAUGGUGAUUCAUUUUCUUCAACAUUUAUUACUUCAGGUGCAUCACUUCCAUCUUCUGAUUCAUCAUCGUCUUUACAAUAGCUGCAUUCAAAUAAUACGUUUCUAAUCGAUUGAAACUAUUGACAGAUAAAAGAUGAUCGUAACGUGUUUAUAUUUUUUCAAUUACAGUCUCUCUAAACUUCGGUUUUUAAGACGUCAAAAAUUGUUCGCCGCUAUUUGAUAUCAACACCGAGUCCUCGUUAAAAAUAAUAAAUAAAAUACAACGAACACAUAAUAAAUAUUUUAUAUAUUAGACAAGAAUUUAAAGGAAUUGUACGAAGAACGGUGUUGUUACGAAGGUAAAAGAAUGAAGACGCGACGGCUGUGUUCAUUGAAUCAUUUAAAUUCACCAAAAAAUUCUACAACAUCUAUUCACGGAUCUGAUUUAGAAAAGUCUAUAAAAAAUAAUAAAAAAUUGUUUGACAUAAAACGUCGACGUUUACAACGAGGAAAACUUCAAAAAAGUAACGGAGAGCAUGGAAAUGAUUCGUGCUUAAAAAGAGAUACAUUUGCAUCUUUGGAAUCUUUAUUUGAUAUAAAAAAACCUUUACAUUUAUCUAAAAUAAAUUUAGUUCAAAUUCAGCAAUAUAAGAAAAAUAUCGUUUUUGAAAAACAAAAUCUUAAAGACGUGAAACAUUUGGAGGGAGAUUCAAUUUCAAAAACUACCGAAUUAUUUACGAAUAUUACAAAUAUUUCAAAAGAGAAAAUUGAAGAAGACAAUUUUAUUACAAAUAAUACGUUAGAAGAAAGUGGAGAAUCGAACGUAAAUUCACACGAAAUAAAUCAUUCAAAUGAAAAAGAUUUAUUGAAUAACCCUAUCGAGCAGGAAAAUCAGUUAAAUAAAAAAAUGGCAGAUGAAUCUAUAGAAGUAUUGCAAGAAGAAGAAGAAGAGAAUGUUGAAGAAAUACAAACUGAUACCGAAAAAGCACCGAAAGAAGAUGAUAAGCCUUCUCCACCAUCUUAUCCAAUACCAGCUGGUGCUGGAGAGGGUGUACCAGUUCAAGCUGGAAGACGACGCGAGUCCGUGUUAAGUGCUUCACCUUUAGCGGAAGAAUCCGUGAUAGCAGAAUUGAAAGCAGCAGAUGAAAGAUGUAAAGUAGUUGCAGACGAAAUUAAAAAAUUAAAAGAAGAAAUGCUUCAGCUUGUUGAUAAAAAAGAAUUGACAGACGAGGAUACAAUAGUGAUUCAAAAAAAGCAAGAGGAUUUAAUGUCAAAGUUGGCUGAGUUUGAAGAAAUGACACGAAAGUUACAGAGACUGUUAGGAUUAACUGAUCCUACUAGCGAAACAUUUUCUAAAAUGUUCGGCUUGUUAACUUUUCCGCAUACAAAAUCAAUCGAUGGUGCUGGAGAAGAGAUCGAAAUUUUACCAGUUGAGAAAACUAAAGAUGAUAAAGAAAAACCCAAAGUAGAAUUGGCGCCUGUGAUAGACGAUCAGUUUGAUUUACCUCAACCAGAAUAUCAAGAAGACAAGCUUCCAAGAGUGAUCGUCUGUGGUUACACAGAAGACGAAAUGCCAAAGAUUGUGAUAGCAGACGGUGAACGAGGAGGAAAGAAAGAAUGUUUGCAAAAUUUAACAGGAAAAUUGACUGAAUCCUUGACUAUGCAAGAAAAAUUAGUUAAAGAGAAUGCACAACUCGAAGGUGGAAAAUACGAAUUGGAAGAAGCAUUAUUGGAGAAAGAUACAGCUGUUGAAUGUCUUCAACGGAAGGUAUGCGGAUUGCAAGCUGAAAUACGUUUAAUGGUGAAGGAGAAUACGGAAUUAAAUCGUCGAUUGGCUUGUUUAAAUCAACGUAUCACUACUCCUACUUGCUGUUACACCCAUACGGAACGUAGGUCAUCUUGUUCACCACCAACAGUUUCAUCUUUACCAGCAUAUUCGCAAGUUACUUCAUCGCUGCCGGAUCAGGGUUGUUGCCAGUGCAAAUAUUGCGUUACUUACGAUAGUCCUGUUCAAUCGCCUACUUCUAUAUGCGUGAAUUCGCACAGCCGCAAGACUUCAAACGAUUGUAGAUCAUCCAGAUUAGCAGGUGGUGCAUCGAGAACAGGCAACUGUAUUUUGAGUAGAAGUUCAUCACAAACCGAAGAAAUGUGUUUCCGUAAUCCAGCAGUUUGUCCUAAAGCCUGCCCCGAGCCAACACCUAGAGGUGUUUGUCCAGCCGAAUUGGAGAACAAGUUUACCAUUUAUGGGAACAAUACGAAACAAUUGGCACAACAGUUAGGUAGCAUGGAGUGUGAAGUACGAAAUAUGCAAAUAGAAUUAGCGAAUGUUCAACGAGAACGUCAACAAUUGGAACAACAACGCAAGUUGCUUAAAUGUUCUGGACCCUGUGCACCAUGUGCCUGCUGCCCUCCACCACCACCACCACCACCUUGUGGUGGUCUUCCACCUUCUAUGAUUUCAAGUUACAUUCCAAGUACUCAAUUACCUCUCCCAAUUUCUCCAUCAUCUGCAAAUGGAAACGUUCCACUCAUGCCUAUGCCAAAGGCGCAGAUCAGUCAACAAUCCACGUCUGCUAUGUGUACUGGACCCUGUAUAACAGCACCAAUGGGUGCAAGCACUUGCCCUCAACAACAAUUACGUGAUUUACGAGAACAAUACGCACGUCUUCAAGAUGAUUACAAGAAUAAAUUAUGCGAAGUAUCUUGUCUUAGAACCGACAUGGAAAAAAUGAAACAAGAAGUCCGAGACUCGAAAGAAGAUAAGGAAAGAAUGGAAAUAAAAUUGAUAGACACGCAGGAACGUUUGAAAUCUUUAGAAGCCGAAAGAGAGAAAUUCGAAGGACAAAAAGAACAGAUGAUGGAGCAAGAACAAGCAUUGAUAAUGGCCAAGCAACGUUUUGGAAAAGCACAGGACGAAUUGGAAGAAUUACGAUCAUUGAUUCAAGAUCAAGCUGCUCAAUUAGAGGAUUAUCGCAAUAAAUAUUUACAAGCUCAGCAACAGGUUGAGGAACAACGUCGACAACUCGAUCUCAUGGAGAUGGAUAAUGCAAGAAUGAAUGAAAAUGUAACAUUAGAAAUUGGAAGGGUCAAAAAUCAAUUUCAAGAAAAACUCGCGGAACUCGCACCUUUGCCAGACAUCUUGAAACAAACACAAAUGAAACUUCAAGAAGCUCAACAAAUGAGAUUAGUAGCCGAACGUAAUUGCGAGGAUCUUUCGCGAGAACUUUUAGGAUGUAAAGAUAAGAUUCAAACGUUGCAAAGUCAAUUGGACGCGCUACGUAACGAACAUCAAACAUUACAAGAGGAAAGAGGACUUGGUACGGGACGAUUCGAUGAGUUAGAAAAGAAGAAUGCUGAAUUAAGACAUGACAAUGAACGUAUGAGAAAUACACUUGCUAGAUUCGAGGAACACGAAGCACAAUUGCAGAAACGUAUAGAUGAAAAAAUGCAUGAAAUAACACAAUUAACUGCAAUGCUCGAACAAGUAAAAUGGGAGAGAAAGAUGGGGGAACCAUAUUUUAGUUUGAAAAUAUGUUAUUUUUUCUGUUUUUUUUUUUCUUCUGAUGUUUACAAUAUCUUCUUGAAGGUGAGAGAAGACAGUGCAAGACAAGUGGCACGUACCAAAGAAAGAUGCGAAACAGUGAGACGAACAAUGCAAGGUCAAAUAGCUGAGAUGGAAAGACAACUAGCUCAGUGUAGAGCGACAGCUAGAGCAGCACAGAAAGAUAGAGACGAGAUUAGGCAAAAGAUGCAAAGUCAGAUAAACAAUUUAAACGAGGCUUUUGAACAAGCUCAAGGCCGUAUUAGAUCAUUACAAGGACACGUGAAUUAUUUAAAAACUUCGUACAGUAAUGUUUUUAAAGGACAAGGAGAGAGUCCUGUUGGUUUGCCAGGAGACGGUACGCUAGGUGCGGGGUACGAUUCUUGCGACUGCAAUUAUUAAUUGAUAAUGUCAUAUAUUUUUAGCAUUUUUACAUGCUCUUGAACAUUUUUAAACGGUAUUUAUUAAAAUAGAGCUACUAUAUUUUUUUUCUACUUGUAUCGUGAGAUAGAUAAUUUUAAAUCAAUCGUGACUUAUUCGUAUUCGAAAUAUUUUUGAAAAUUUUGGAAGACAUUCAAAGAAACACAAGCGAUUCAUUUGAUCAUCAAGAACGUAACAGUGGAUUUGUAAAAAAAAGAAGGGAAGCAUUUUAUAAGUUUGUUUUGAACCAUGUAUAUUUAUUCAAUAAAUCGACCAUGUAUUUUCUUUUUA